AUGGUUCUUAAAUUGAUUAGAGAAAUCAAUUUUUUUAUUUCAUGUAAGCAAGCAGAUUUCAAAGCUGCUGUUCAAUGUAUGAAAAGAAUUCAAUUAUUACCAAGUUCUAUUGUAACAAAGCAAUAUCUUACUAGACUCUCUAAUUUGUUUUUUGAUGAUGACCUUAUAGCUAAAAAUGAAAUUAAUUAUGAUGGAUAUGAUAAUUAUGUAAUAACAAAUUUAUUUAAUUGUAUUAUGAGUGAAAUAGAAAAAGGUUCAACUAUCAAAGAAUAUAUGAACUUCCCAGAAAUUCAAAAAGGGACAUUAAAGAAGUUAGUGUCUAAUGGAGUUCGUUAUGAUCAUAUCAAGACAUGUCAAGGUAGUGUUGAUGACAAAAUUGGAUUAGUUAGUUUAAUUAAACCAGAACAUACACACCUUGAAAAAGUGUCAACUAUUGUAAGGAAGGGAAGUAAGUUUUCUGAUUGGAAAUUUAUUGACAUUCAAUUACACUCAAAUGAAAUUUCUUGUUUAUAUGUUAAAGACACAAGAACAUAUAUUGGAUUUAAAACAGGAGACUUUACUUGUAUUGACUUUGAAAAUGGAGAAGUUUUAUUUAAUAUUAAAGAAAAUAGUCCAGUAACAUUAGUUUCUGUAUUAUCAUCAUAUGUCGUUUAUUAUAAUGGGUCACAAGUAAAAGUUAUAUGCAUUGGAUAUUGUCUUUCAAUACUUGCAAUAAUUCCAGCAACUAACGUCAAAUCUAUUUCAGUAAUUAGUGGAACAACUCAAAUUGCUAUUGUUGAUUCAAAAGGAGUUAAAGUAUAUCAAUUUGCUAAUAAAAGUGUUAUUUAUGAAAAUGAAGGAGCUAUUGGAGUAAUACCAAGUCAGGUACAAGGAGAAGUGAUUGUAGUAUAUCCAACACUAUUACAUAAACUAAAGACUUGUUUUGGAAAACCAAAUAAAGUUACAAAAGAACAACAAUUAAGUAUUUUAGUUGAUCAUAUUAUUGAUGAAAAUGUAAUGGUUUCUAAUGAUAAUAGAUAUAUUGUUAUGCCAAAUGAGAAAAUAAGAAAAAUAUAUUCAAGAAAGAGUUUAUCACCAAUUCUUGCAGGAAAUGAUACUAAUGUUUUUGUAUAUUUACAAGGAAAUAUUCAAAUUAUUGAAAUUGAAACACAACAAAUUAAACAACGAAUUAAUUGUGAACAUAUUCAAAAAAUGUCUGCUGAUAAUUGUUUAGCUGUAUGUACAUUUGAUAAUUCUACACAAUUAAGAAUAUUUUAUAGAGAAUUUAAUGUUAUUCCAAUUAAUUGGAAUAGUGAUACAAUUAAAGAACAUGUUAAUGUUAAAUUCGAAAUUAUGUAUAAUGAACAAACUCCUUCUUCUAAUUGUAUGAAUCAAGUUGGUCCUGUAACACCAAUUAGUUAUUCAAAACUUGAACCAAUUAAAAGAAAACCAGAUGAAGAUAUUCCUACAAAAAAUAAAAUUAUUUUUCCAGAACAAAUUACAAAACCUGAUAUUCCUUCAAAUAUUGCAAAUUGUGAUAUAACUAAUUUCUGGAAAGUUAAAGGAAUUAUUAAAAUGUUUACUAUUAGCAAUGAAGGUAAACACUUAAUGAUUCAAACAAUAAAAGAUAUUUUCUAUUUAUUUAAACAAGUUGAUGGUAAAACAUAUAUUUCAUCAUUCCCUAAAGAUAAAAAAGUAUUAGAUUUUUCUGGAAAGAAGUCAUUCCAUAAUGUUAGAGGAGUUGUUACUAGGACCGGGAGUUAUAUAGUUAUUUCAUUAGGAAGUUAUUGUGAAUUAUAUAAGUGUAGUUCUGCUAUGAAAGUUUCUCCAUUUGGUCAACAAAAUCAAGCUAAUAAUGAAUAUAUCACUUGUUUAGAAUUAUUUCCAUUUGAUUGUAAUAGCGUAUUGGUUGGAUCAUCUAAUGGGUUAGUAAAAGUCUAUCGAGCUAAUAGACAGUUUGAACUUAUUUCACUUUCAACAUGUUUAAAUGAACCUAUUCAUUCAUUUGUAUUUUUACCAAGUAAUUCUGCUGAUGAUGAUGUUCUAUUUUUUGUUAUCACCAAAACAGGUUUUAUUCAACUCGUUCAAUAUAAUAAGAAAACAACUCCUUAUGACACAAUGAAGUGUUUAGAUAUUUCUCUUUCACUGAAAGUAACUGAAGUAAAAAGUGUAUUUAUUGGGAAUAAUGGGAAAUAUCUUUAUGUUGUCUCAAGAGAAAUGUUUCAUAAAAUUGAUAGAACAAAUAUGUCAUAUGAAAAAAUGGAUAUUUCUAAUGUCAUUUCAGCAGCAAUUUCUGCUAAAUCAGACAUGUUUUUAUUUGUUACUUCACAAGGAUUGUUAUUAAAAAUGAGUUCAAACAAAUGGGGAGUUAUAGAAAGUGUUAUUAUUCCUGAAGGUUACACUUCAGAGUUUACUUAUGUCGUUCCUUACGAAGAUUACUUUUUAGUCUCAACAAGUAAGGGAGAAAUAUUGAAAAUAAGGGUUUAA